CAGGGUGUGGGGGGUAGGGCUAGGGCUAGUGUGUGUAGCAGCUAGCCCCGUCUCGUGAUCGCAGAGCAUCAUGGCAGGGAUGGAGCUGGCGCCCUUCAGGCCGUGGGAUGACUUCUUCCCUGGUGUUGACCGCUUCUCUAAACCAGAGGUGUCUGAUUUAAGCAGAUGGAAUAACAGAGUGAUCAGCAAUCUGCUUUAUUAUCAGACCAACUACUUUGCUGCCGCUAUCGUCGUAAUUCUGAUUGUCGGCUUUAUGAACCCGCUGGGCAUGUUUGUCGGUGGGGCGGUCGUGGCUCUGGUCUUCAUGGGCUCCGUGUGGGCCGGAGAGAACAAAGCUGUGAUCAAGAACUUCAAGAAGAGGAACCCCACCCUGUUUGUUGUGGGUGUUUUGGGAAUCAGCUACUUCCUGUUGUCCUUGUGUGGAGGAGUGAUGGUGCUUCUCUUUGGUAUCACAUUCCCCAUGCUCCUGAUCCUCAUCCACGCUUCUCUGAGACUUCGCAACAUGAAGAACAAGUUGGAGAACAAGAUCGAGGGCGUUGGCCUGAAGAAGACGCCCAUGGGGUUCAUAUUGGAUCUCCUGGAUCAACAAGAAGAGAAAAUCAACAAAAUCCAGGAUUUCCUGGAGAGUAAGCUGAAAGAUUGAGCAUGAAACACCUCGGUGUCCACUACAUCCAGCCACUCUUUCUUCUUGAGUUGUUUUGUUUGUUUUGGUUUUGGUUUGACAGCCGAACACCGAAAUGGAAAUAUCUUUUAAAUACCAAAGUAUGAAUAAGUUCCAAUCGUAUACAUGUUUGUCACGUCACAAGGAAGUAUGACUGGAACUGAUGACAAUGCUGUUUUUAGUUCUUGCUAGCAUGAGUCUGUCAAACUCUUGUCCCAGCCAGACGCCCUAAACUCAUUCCCAAUGUGUAUGCAGCACCCAUUGACGUUUUGUCUCUGUUUUUGUUUUUAUACAUGAUGAAUUAGCAUAAAAGUGUAUGCUUUGUAAAGCUUGAAUAGAUUUCUACAGACAGAGUCACUGAAAGCACUUUGAAAUAUUGUAGAUUUGGUUAUACCUUCCCCUAUGGCGAAAUGAUCAUCGUUCUUCUAUUGCACAUUUGUAAUAGUAAUGAAAUGUUUCCAUUUGAGCUGAAAUGACAUAUGAUAGAGGAGUGUGUAUUUAUUGCAUCUAAAUUGCAUGUUUUGUAACGUUUUUUGGCUAACGCAAGCUCUGCAGUGAACAAACAUUUACAUGCUUCUGAAAUCAAUGCACACAAUACUGUUUGUUUGCUGUUUUGAAUAAAGGUGGAAUGUGGAAA